UUUCAAUGUGUCGAGGUGGUGUUAUAAACAUUUUGGUGUUGUGUUCCGCUUUCUUUGUGCUUUUCUCGGUUCCACUCUGAAUUUUUAAUAUAAUUUUGUUUUUGUUUUUUGCUUGCCCGUAUUUUGUACCGAAACGAAUUUGGCCUGCGCGUUAAGUUUAAUAGUCAUCGUUAAAAUCGUUCUACUUGUAGUGACCUUAUAGCUCCCCCCUCUUCAUAGAUAAAAUAAAAGCAGUUUUUGUUUUGGUUUUUGAAAACUCGAAACGAAUCAAGCCGGAAUUCAACUUUUUCGAACUACGAACUAACGAACAUCUUCGAAACGCUGUUAAGGAAUAUCGAAAUUAAGAAGCUGUCAUCAGCCAACCUUUGUUUGAAGUUAAGGUGGGAAUUGAAAAGAGGAAGGCAUUGGUUGUAGAAUCCCAAAAAAACCCAACGCUAAGGAAGAAGUGUAAAGACGUGGAGAAGAAGGUACUCUUGCCUCUGCUAAAAUUGGGUCAACAAUACUAACACCGGUGAAGACAAAGGAGCCAGUCAGGCCAAGGUGUAUACAGCCCCGUCAAAAUGCCUGGAGAGGCGGUACAAGUUAUCUCCACCUCGGAGGAGCACACUUUUGUUCUCAACGAAGAUCAAUUGAGCGAGGUGCUGAUGCGUGAAGAAGUUAAAGAUCGUUAUGUGUGUGUGGUCUCGGUGGCUGGAGCAUUUCGCAAGGGAAAAAGUUUUCUUUUAGAUUUUUUCCUCAAAUACAUGUACUCCAAGUACGUGCGUCAUGAUGUUACCGAUUGGCUGGGCGAUGAGGAUAGCCCCUUGACCGGCUUCUCUUGGCGUGGUGGCUCGGAACGUGAUACCACCGGCAUUCUUAUGUGGUCAGACAUUUUCCUGCACGACUAUCCCAACGGUGAUAAAAUUGCCAUCAUUCUUUUGGACACUCAAGGCGCCUUUGACAGCCAAAGCACAGUGCGCGAUUGUGCCACUGUAUUUGCUUUGAGCACCAUGUUGUCCUCCGUGCAAAUUUAUAAUUUGUCACAAAACAUUCAGGAGGAUGAUUUACAACACUUGCAGCUUUUCACAGAAUACGGUCGCUUGGCAUUGGCCGAUUCGGGUAAGAAGCCUUUUCAGCGCUUGCAAUUUUUGGUGCGUGAUUGGAGUUUUCCCUAUGAGGCUGAAUAUGGUGCCCUUGGUGGUGAUCAGGUGUUGAAGAAACGCCUGGAAAUUUCAGACAAACAACAUCCAGAAUUACAAUCACUCAGACGGCACAUCUCAUCAUGUUUCCAAGAGGUGGCUUGCUUCCUUAUGCCACAUCCUGGCCUUAAUGUAGCCACAAAUCCCAAUUUCGAUGGACGUCUUAAGGAUAUAACUCCCGAUUUUAAGCAGAGUUUAAGAAGUUUGGUACCCAUGCUAUUGUCGCCCGAUAAUUUGGUCUACAAGGAAAUCGGCGGUCAACGCAUUCGAGCCCGUGAUCUCAUUCAGUACUUCCAAUCGUACAUGACCAUAUACAAGGGCGAUGAAUUGCCCGAACCCAAGAGUAUGUUGGUGGCCACAGCCGAAGCUAACCAUUUGACAGCCAUGGCAGCUGCCAAGGAAAUGUAUAAUCAACUAAUGGAGGAUGUUUGUGGUGGUACAAGGCCGUACUUAAGCACUGGUCAUCUGGAUGCUGAACAUUUGAGAGUAAAGGACAAAGCAGUGUUUCAGUUUUUGGCCAAACGCAAAAUGGGUGGCGAAGAUUUUACAGAGAAAUUCCGCUUGCAAUUGGACGCAGACCUGGAGGAAAUGUACAACAAUUACAAAUCGCACAAUGAAAGUAAAAACAUUUUCAAAGCUGCCCGUACACCGGCCGUUUAUUUCGCUGUGGCUGUUAUUUUCUACAUCCUAAGCGGUAUUUUCGGUUUGGUGGGCAUGUACACAUUUGCCAACUUCAGCAAUUUAGUGAUGGGCAUUGCCCUAUUGACAUUGGCGUUGUGGGCGUACAUAAGAUAUAGCGGAGAAUUGAGUGAUUUCGGAGUUAAACUAGACGACUUUGCGACGUUAAUGUGGGUUAAUUUUAUGAAACCAAUAUAUCAAGGUUGUAUGGAAAAGGGUAUACAACAUGUGGCAACACAUGCUGCCGAACAUGCAUUGGGUGGUAGUGGUGGCCGUGGAUCGACAUCACUCAAUGGCAAAGUGAAAAGUUCAUGAGAAUACGCCAAACCCUCAUUGCCAAAAGAAGCCCGCGAAGUCAAAAAUGGUGGUGGAGUAGUAGGAGGAGGAGGAGGAAGAGGGGCUAAGCCCAAGGCAAAUAGAGAAAAGGGCCCACCAACAAUGUCAUCUACAUCAGCAACAUCAUCAUCAUCAUCACCAUCAUCAACAACAACAUUAAAUGCAAAAACACAAAGCCAAUCACAACAACAACAGCAAUCGAUGGCAGUCAAUAGUAAUAAUACAAGCAAACAGCAACUAGGAACUCUAACAACGAACAAUAACUAUAUUGAUCACAAGCAGCAACCUGCAUAUAAUUCUACAGCCUCGCCAGAAACCUAUGCUGCCAGCAGCAGUGGCGGCAGCUCUUCGACAAUGUUUGCCUCAAUCUGGAGUAAAUUUUCAGCUACCUGUAAUGAAGCCAAACAACAAAAGCUAUUACACAAACAGCAGGGAGAACAUGGUGUAGCAGCAGCAACACCAGCUGCAGCUUCCUCGGCAUCGGCUGCCGUAUCUGCAAAUAUUACGGUUUCAAAUCGUAAAAAACGAAAAUCCAAGAAAUCCGCAAGCCAAACUUCUAAUGCUGCAAAAUGAGAGAAUUUUUAAACAACAACAACAACAAAACGAGUUGUUCUUUUUUAUGAAUAUUGUAGUUUUUUAAAUGAGUUUUUUCAUGGUACCACCAUCCCCCUAAUCUGAUCCCCAAAGGGCAAGACCUUAAGUAUGGCGAUGGCCGCAUCGCAGCGGGCUUAAGCCCUCAUUUGCCAGCCCCCCACGCCACAUAUAUCCAUUGUUUUCUUUUUAUUCCAACUCUCCCUUUGUCUCUUGUUUUUGUUUAACUUAGCCACGUAAAUUUAUAAUAAAAUAUAUAUAUAUACAUACAUAAACCAAUAAAGUCUAGUUUAAAAAAGUA